AUGUUUGGUUUUGAUUUUAAUAACCCAUUUACCAAGAAGAAACGUGAAGCUGAACAAUUAGCUCGUAUUCAAGCAUUACAAGAAGACCAAAGAGAUAGCCGUGAACAAAUGAGGAGUGGAAAUUGGGAAUCGAAAAAAAAUAUCGAAAAUGCAUUGAAACAAGCCAGUAACAAUAAUACCAUGUCAUCUCAUUAUCAACCUGGGAAAUCAACUAAUCGAUCAAAAUAUCAAUUUGAAGCUGAUGAGGAAGAUGAUAGAUUAGAAGAUCAGAUAGACAAAAAUUUGGAUAGUCUUGCAGCGGGUUUAGGAACUUUACAAGCUAUGGUUUGUAUAUCAUUAUCAUUAUCAUCGUUAUAUAUUGGAGAGAUAUAUUAUAAAUGUUAUGAAGUGAGAAGACAAAACCAAGUUAUAGACCGUAUUUCUGACAAAACUUCUGCUUUGGAUAACCGUCAUAGUAAAAUAAUUUCAGGCGUAAUAACUGUUUUAGAAGCAGCCAACAGACCAUUAUCUUUACAGGAAUUAGUAGACGAAAUGACAAAAAGGCAAUUGGUGGUUUUUCAUGGUGCAACUCCAAGAAAUACAGUCAGUGGUGAAAUUAGUAAACUUCUUAAUGCUGUGGGUCCAAGUAAUGCUCCAAUUCUUAAGAUCAACCAAGGAAAACUUACCAAAUUUUAUUUAAGAACACAACAACAACAUGAAGAUUCUUUACAGAUUUCAGCUGGUAAAGCCAAAAAAAGAUAUUAUGCGCGUAAUAAUCAAAAUAAUCAAGAUAAUCAACAUACCUCGAAGGCUCUUGUAAGUUUAUCAGAAAAUCAAAAUCAAAAAGAACGCGUCUAUGAUCUCAAAAAAAUACGUCAGAUGGAAGAUCUAAAGUAA